UAGGAGCGCUCGUUGUCUCUCUCUCUCUGUCUCUCUGUCUCAGUGGAUCAGUGUUGCUCUGCACCGCCGGGCGGAGACACACAGCGACGGGUCAGAGGAAGAUGGCGGACGGUGUAGAUCACAUCGAUAUCUACGCCGACGUAGAGGAGGAAUUCAACCAGGAAGCUGACUACCCAGUCCACGAACAGAUCGACCUGUACGAUGAUGUAAUAUCCCCUUCAGCCAACAAUGGCGACGCUCCGGAAGACCGCGACUACCUGGACACACUGCCUACACCAGGUGGUUCAGAGGGAGGGAAGAGUGCCCCACCCAACGUGGUGUACACCUACACAGGCAAAAGGAUUGCCCUGUACAUAGGAAACCUCACAUGGUGGACGACAGACGAGGACCUGACGGAAGCUAUCCGGUCGGUAGGAAUCUCAGAUGUGCUGGAGAUCAAGUUCUUUGAAAACAGAGCUAAUGGCCAGUCAAAAGGGUUUGCACUGGUGUGUGUGGGCUCAGAGGGAUCAUCUAGGAAGUUAAUGGAGCUGCUGUCAAAGAGGGAGCUCCAUGGUCAAAAUCCCAUCGUCACGCCGUGCAACAAACAGUCCCUCAGCCAGUUUGAGAUGCAGUCACGCAAAAUGGAAGAUGCCGGUGGAAAGAAAAACCGAGACGGUUUUGGUACCCAGUCAGGCCAGAUGUCUGGGGAAGGUAAAGCAGGUCCCCCUGGCGCUGGCCCUCGUGGGGGUUUCCCCAUGGGUCGAGGCGGCAGAGGCAGGUUUCCACCCGGACCACCCGGCCCCGGUGGAGACCGCUUCCCUGGUCCCGUUGGACCUGGAGGACCGCCCCCACACUUCCCUGGCCCGGGCAUGAGACCAGAUCUGAUUAGGCACCAAGAUGGCCCUCUGAUGGAUAUGAGUUUCAAUCCCUUCCCGCCGGGGGGCAGGAACGGGAACUGGCGUGGCAGAGGUGGGAUGCAGGGUCCCCCACGUCCCCCUCCAGGUCCACCUGGUCCCCCUGGUCCUCCAGGACCUCCACCUCCUGGCCAAGGCCUCCCCCCUCCCCUCUCUGGUCCUCCAAAUCGUGGCGACAGGCCUCCUCCCCCUGUUCUCUUCCCUGGUCAGUUUGGCCAACCUCCAAUGGGACCCCUGCCCCCGGGUCCUCCUCCUCCAGGUUACGGCCCUCCCCCUGGCCCCCCACCCCCUCAACAGGGCCCGCCACCCCCGGGACCCUUCCCUCCACGUCCCCCAGGCCCCAUCGGGCCCCCCAUGGCUCUGGCUCCACCUCCACACAUGCCAGGUCCCCCGCCGGGUGGACCACCACCAGCACCCCACGUCAACCCUGCCUUCUUCCCCCCACCUGGCAACAACAACAUGCCCCCCAACGACAACCGAGGCCCCCCCGGACCAAACGACCCAUACGGACGCCCGCCACCAUAUGAAAGAGGGGACUACGGUCCUGGAGGCCGGGAUAUGGAGGCGUCACGGACACCACUGAGCGAGGCAGAGUUCGAGGAGAUCAUGAACAGGAACAGAGCCAUCUCCUCCAGCGCCAUAUCUAGAGCGGUGUCUGACGCUAGUGCAGCUGACUAUGGCAGUGCUAUAGAGACCUUGGUGACAGCCAUCAGUCUGAUUAAGCAGUCCAAAGUGUCAGCAGAUGACCGCUGUAAGGUCCUCAUCAGUUCCCUGCAGGACUGUCUCCACGGCAUUGAGUCAAAAAGCUACGGUUCUGCUUCCAGUCCAAUGAUGCUUGUCCAUGCCAGGCGAGAACGUUCCAGGGAACGCGACCACAGCCGCUCUAGAGAAAAGAGCCGACGCCACAAGUCCCGCAGUCGCGACAGGCAUGAGGACUAUUACCGAGAACGCAGCCGGGAGCGCGAUCGCCAUCGCGAGAGGGACCGUGAUCGUGACCGCGAGAGAGAGAGGGAGAGGGAGUACCGACACCGCUAGGCGAGAAGGGAGAGCUGGACCGAGCCAGUCCACUUCAGGCUCAAAUAGCUUGAACUACAUGGCAGAAGAUGUUUGAAAAAGUCUGCUUUGAUUGCUCACCUCCUCUCUUCUUCAUUGGAUUAUAGCCUUCGGUUUUGUUUAGUAUUUUCUGUGCCCAUAACAUAUUUGGUCCAAAUUGAAUCUACAGAGGGUGUGUUAUCACCGAGAAUAACACAUUAUCAAGGAAAUGUUGCCUUUGUCCCCUGAGUACAGUCACGCGUAGGACAUAAAAGGCUUUUGAACAUUUGAAAAACUUUUGAAAUCAUAAUUUACAGUAGAGAUUACGUUAAUUUAAACGUCCCUGUAUGAAUAAAUGAAGCAGAGUUGAGGUCAGCAAGGAAAAGACUUUUAAAACUCAGUCCUUUUGAUGUCAGGUAGGUGUACGGUAAGUUUGCUUUCCUUAAAAUGGCACAAUUAGUAAUCACAGUUGUGUUGUGUAUCUGGUCUUUCAGACAAUAUGUGUAAUACAUACUGUAUUCAUGCUCCAUUGCACAGAGGGGUUUGUAAGAGUUGUGUCAAUGAUGUGCUUCUCUCAGAAAAUACACUGGUAGUUACUGGAAAUUUACUUUGUGGAUGCGUUGUUACUUUUUGGUCUACAUGCCUCUGAGGCUGGUAAUUUGCAAAAUUUGUCAGUCACUUUUUGUAUUCUGCCAAAUAAAUUUAAAAAUUACGAUUUAUGAAUUCAGUUACAGAUGGCAUGGCAAGAAAGCAGUACCAGCCCUGUUGCUUGUACAUGUUUUGUUGUGCAAAUGAUGUACUAGUUCUGCCAUUUUAGCAGUAGAUCAACCUUUGCAAACAACUAUUUGGCUCAUAAAAAGUGGACAUUAUCAACAUUUUGUUUUUUUACCAGCAGCUAUGGCCAGUGGACCAAAAAAGGUUGAGAAUUAUUCUGGCCUGAAUAUCAAGAUUCAGUACUUAAUUGCCAUUUCAUUAUAUGUGAGUUUAAUUUAAGUGUAUUGUGACUGCUGAGUUGGUUUGUCAGUGUACUUGUACAAAUAGUUCCUUGACUGAUUGGCAGAUUUCAGAUGUCAAAGUAUUCCCCAGUCAUUUUUAUUACAGUACUUAUCUGUUGAAAUUGGAUUGUAUUUUUAGAAGGAAAAAAAAAUCACAAUGUUCAACUUGUCGUUAGAGCAAUCUACACUUUGUAAAUGUUCCAUUCAUAUUAAUGUUGUAUUAACAUUUCAGUUUAAAAGUUGAAUAUAUAUAUAUCACUGUCAUGUUCUGAUUAAGAAAAGGUGAAAAUCUAUUUAUCAAACUGAUAAUUGUGAUUAUCUAAACUGUGAUUUUUGGACACAGAAAAUUGACAAUGUUAUUGUGCCAUAUUUGCAUGUCGGUAAUAUUGCCUGACAUUUGACUUUUAUCCAAUUUUAUGUUUUGUGGCCUAGUGUUGCUCACUUUUGACUCAUUGUAUCAUCAUUCAUCCUCAAUUUAAGAGGUUGAGGUGAAGUGAAAAAAACGAGAGAAAAAAACGUGAUACCUUUUGAUAUCAUGUUCCGACAACAUCGAUCUUGAUGCCAUUAGUACACAUAACGUGUGAGGAAAACAAAAUUUGAUAUUCUGCUCAGGUUGAUCCGUGGCUUCGCAUUGAAGUUAUUUGUAAUUUGUUGAUUGUCAGGAUAGGUGCAUAAUUAAUUGCAGUAUCUUACAGAGGUAAUUGGCGGGAGUAAAUUACAUGUAAACAUUGAAUAAUAAAUUGAAAGCUUUAGUUGAUUCAGUUAAACUGAAGAAAAUCCUAAUUUUAUCUGUGAGAACUUGCAAAUAUUGAAGGUUUACAUUAAAUGAAAACUCUGAACCUUUUUAAUGUCAAUGCAGCAAAUUCAUGAUUACAUGCUAAUUGUUAUUUGACAUCGACUUGUAUGUACGUUGAAAUGGUUGGCAAGAGAUUAUGCAAGUAUUUUUGAAUAUUUUGGCUCAUAGCAUUAUGUGAUAUGCUGGUUUUUUGGAUGUUAUGGAUGAGCUGUAGAUGAAUUUAUCUGAAACUAUUUAACACCAGCUUGUGCACGACUAAUAUCGAUGCCAUGUUGUCAAUGGUUCGUUGCUCCCAAAUGAUUUGAGGUCAAUAUUUGAGGCUAAUUGUCUUGUUCGGUGAUAGGGUUUCACAAAUCCUUUUGUAAUCUUUGUGGGAAGAUGGUUUCUUCCAUUGCGUCACUUUACUUGCGUGUUGAACAACAUGAUAACUUAUUGUAAAGUUUUGGAAUUGCAGUUGAAAUAUCUGGUUUGAUCGAUUCUGUGUGUCGUUCUCAUGUCCAAAGCCCUUAAGAUGUCUGUGGUGUUGUGUAUAAACCGGUCCUUAUAGAGCAGAGUCGCAUCACCCCAAAUAAUAUUUCUCAAAAGUUUACAUUACCUUUCAGACAUAAACUACAUUCACUCUUGAGAAUGUAAUGUCUCUGUAUAGUGGCUCUAUACAUUAUCUAUAUAUGCACUUCUUCAUGAGUUUCUCUCAUAAUGAGAAAUAUUAGCUGGGGUGGUUUUGCUUGUGGGGUUACUGAAUUCUGAAAGCAGUCAAAACCCAUACCAAAACAAUAUAACUUGGUAACUGUCUCAGUAAUCUGUCAUGUGAUAUAAAUAGUGUAGAGUUGUUCUAAUUUGUAGCUAUCAGCCCCAGUUAAAUGUAAUCUGUUACACCAAUUGUCCACAGUUUUUACUGAAAAGUAAGACUUUGUGUCCACCGGGAACCUCUUAACAAAACAUUACAUUUGUUAAAGACAGAGUAUAUUUUCCCCACGUUUUCUUUCACUUACGGCAUAGCAUUUGUAUAUUUUCAGAGUGACAACUGCUAAAUGUAAAAACCUUUUUUUAAACGAGCACUGCUUUUCAAUAGUAGCAUUGCAACAGCAAUCACUGCAGUCUCCCAUCUGUUAGAUAAGAGAUCCCCAGUGGACACAGGGCCUACAACUUUUGAUAAUUUGUAGAUGCCAAAAAAUGCAUUAGUUGAGUAUAUUUUUACCCAAACUGUUUCUAGCUGUAGGAAAUCUACCUUUGCAUUCAGUCUGAUAUCUUAGAACAUGGUCAUCAGGGGGGAAAAAAGACAAUUAAGUACUUUUAAUCCUGUUGGUAGUAUGGCUAUUUGUUGUGUCCACAGAUAUGCUUUAACGCUGUUUUAUCUGUUCAUAUUGCCAUGGGGGAAUGUACACUGUUUGCACCAGGCUGAAAUGACUUUAUGUUAUCUCUUCAGUCUGUCUGUAGUUGCAUGCGUGCUGGGCAUCACAGCCCCGAUGUCCUUUUCAAACAAGCAUACUAUUUGCUCAUGUUAAACCAGGGUCAAACAGAGUUUCAGUUACAUGUCAUCAAUAAACAUUCAUGCCCAUUUAAAUUAAAGGGAGGAUUUUAUAUUCAUACUUGACCAUACGUGAGAGAUGGGAUGGGCUAUGUUUGUAUAAAAUAAGAAAAUUACAAUUUUUACUUAUUUUGGCCUGACUAAAGCAACUGAAGACAAUUUCAAUGCUUUAAUUAAGUUUAGCUCUCGGGUUUACUUAUUAACAAAUAAUCUAUGUAGCUAUCACAUUGAGUAGAACUGCAAAUGUGUAAAUUUUUCCACACCUUGUGCACCAAUAUAACAAUUUUUUUAAAUACCACAUAUAUAAUAAUAAUAAUAAUAAUGACAGUAGAAGCAAAGGUGAUACCCACAGUGACAAGCUUUCUACAUUGUCCAAAUGUAAUCUGUAAGAUAUGAUUUUAAAUGGUAAGUAUCAUACCUUAGGCUGUUUCGUGGAGUGUUUUGUAACAAAUAACGUUAAAAGUCUGAGUAUUUCAUGGACUAUUUGACCCUGGUUUAGCUCUGUCCUGUUUCAUUUCCAUGCUGUAUAAGUUGACACGCUGCUACAUAUUUUAUAUUAUAUAUUUUUUGCUACUAUUUUCUAUGAACUUGAAUAUUCUAUAAUGAACACAGGUUCCAGGCAUAUUUUUUAAUAUGGCAAAAGACUUAUUAUAUUUGGUCUGAUCUGUAAUUUGACUGUUGACAAAAGUUCAGUCAUGCCCCUUUCCAUUUCUCCUGGAUGUUAUAGUCCCUUUUAAAUAAUAUUGUGACGAGGGGUACCAUUGAGUUUUACUUCUGUGUUAUGUAAAAUAUUAUUGUCGGGUAAACUGUUUUUAUCUGUAGCCAUGCACCGUGUAAAAACCCUUUCUAAAGCAAAAACAUAUCAAGUUUGAAUAUGCAUUUGAGACUUUGAACCAUCUAAAUUGUCUGCACUCAUUUGACGUGCCUGUAAGUAAGGCCUAUUUGGUGCAGAUACCAGUUGUAAUUCACCCUCUAAAGCAAAACCUUCUAGCACACAUGCGGAGGUGCUUUAAAUUGGAUAUUAAAUCAGUUUAGUGGCCCAUUGUGGACAGUCUAAUUGACCAUUGCUGCUGCCAUUUAUAAUUAUGAUUAAAAGGCUACCUUUCCAGUUUCUUGUACCUUGCAUGCUGGACUUUGACUUUCUCAAUUCUAAGUACAAAAUAUUGCAGCUUAUUCGCUGGCAUAAUGUUUACUAGACCCUAAAGGGGUGUACUAAAUUACAUAAUUAUUUUCUGUUAAUAUGUAAAAAUAAAUAUUGGUAUGCUUUUGGUAACCAUAUCACUGGGCGGUUGUGGCAAAGUAUCACCUGCUGUGUCUUAAUCAGAUGCGUACCUUCCUUUUGGUAGUUUUGUGUUUGUAUUUACCGCUCUUUUUGUCCUUUCUGUGUCUAUUACUCCUAUAUUGCUUAAUUUCCUGAAAAUCUGGUUGUGUCACAACCAAUCAUGCACUGUUUCUAUGUUAUGUGUCACAGUGGUUAAAGUUUUCAGUGUUCAGUUUUUAGCUCUGUAGCCUACAAUUACCAGUUGGUUGUAAGGAAAUGUGUUUUGAAAUAGCUGUAUGACAAACAUAGGGUCCAAUUUGCUUCGGUUGUGAGAAUUGGCAAAAGUCUUAGUCAUAGUAUAGUAUGUCA